AAUAAUGUUGUUGUCAACUUUAGCAACGUUGAAUUACGUGGAUUCUCCUACUUAGGUGUUGUUUUUCGUUUGGGUUGUAUUUGUUUUAGUUCAGUUUUUAACGACAGUUGGCAUCCGUGCUGUUGCCUUACUGUCCCUCUUUUUAAACCUCAACUUUGAUAUUCAUUUACCUUUCUUCCUUUCAUCCAACACGACAUGAAGGGAAACUUAGAACUGUGAUUAUGGACUUCUAAAUGUGAUUGGGAACUUUGGACAGUGGAUGGCAGCGUUGCACCUCUUAGUGUACAGCCUGCUCAAAUUUAUUGGAAGAAGAAUAUUUGGAUGAUGAGACUAGAGGGAGAUGAGGAUGGAGAAGUGGCGGUGCACCAGAUGAUGGUACUGUGGUGGGAAGACAAUUAAGGGACAGAAAUAAGGCAUUUAAUCCACUGAAAAGAACACUCAUCUUUCAAUAUAUGGUAGUAGCUGUAAGAAGGACAAUUAGGCAGGUUACCAUUUCUGUUUUUUUUUUCUGGGUUUUUAAGCUUCUUAAAUGUGAAUAUGUUCUGGUUUCUUUGCUCCGUUUAACAAAGGAAUCAUUAAAUCAGAAUAAUUUAGUUUUGUGGAUUUAAGAACAUCAUUAUUUUCAGGUUUUAUAAACCUGAAUAUUUUCCAAAAUUUAUGGACCAAACAAGUACUCGAUUAAUGAGAAAUUAAUCGACAGAUUUAUCAAUUAUGAAAAAUAAUUAUUAGUUUCUGCCCAAGUUCUACCUUCUUACAUCUUAAAUAUGACUUUUGCUGUAUUUCUGUUAUGUGUUGACCUGUCUCCAGUGUGUCCUGUUGGCGGCGGUAUAGCACAUAUGUGCUGCCAGCAGACAGUGAAUGAACACGAAGAAGAACCGAACCGGAACUGAUGCGCGUUCCCGUCGGGGGCAGUCGACGGGAACAACAAGAGACUGCUGAGCAUCUGACGUAAACACACCAUGAAACUUACAGCCGUUAAAUUAUUCGCGUUCUUUACGGAUUCGAUCAUUUAAGAAGAUCGGUUAGUUCGAGUCGAGCGUCGUUGGCAGAGAAGAUGCGGUGGACAGAAGACAUCAGAGAGGACUUUUCUUUUUGCUUCAUCUUUCAUGUGUUUAUCAUCUGUCAAAACAGCUGAUCUUAUUCAUAAUAGUAACAAUAAUAAUAAUAAUUGUAGUGGCGAAAUUACAGUCAAUUCCAAAGCCACUGAAUAGUCGUUAGCUGUAAGCAGGUUUUCUUGACUCGUAGACACUGUUGUCAUUCAUCAAUCACGAAUCACGAAGUUUGAACAUUUAUUUCCACUUGCCGUACAUCCAAGUUACAUUUCUAUCCACACGUGUCCAAGCUUCUCGAGGAUCGACAACACACAUAAAUAUUCCCUCAAUGUUCAGUUUGUGAAUGACGAUCUAUAGAUUCCAACAGUAAGACAACUCAACCUAAUGUCCAUGGUAGCUCUUAUCUAGAACACAAUAACAACAGAAACGUUCCUUUCCUUGCGAGAAUAUGUCAUUUAAUCAAAAGCUUAAUGCUUAAUGUUAAUAAAUGACAUUGUAACAAGUGUCAAAUCUUGCAUCAACCACCCGGCCUAAUCCUGAACUAAAAGUAAAUUACGAUAAUGCUGCGUCACAUGUGGCCAGUGUGGCAUUGCUUUGGAUCAGAUCGAGCUGGAUUCUGUUUGGGGACGUGUUCAUGGAUAACAGUGGUGAUGCUCAUCUACUGUGGAGGAAUCCAGGCGAGUCUGAGUGUAGGUCCAGGAGGAGAAUUCCCCAGAAUCACAGACGUGUUCCUGUAUGCCCUCAGUCACGAUGAUCUGCCCUCUCUGCUGGUCAGUGCCGCUCUGUUGCUGCUGCUUGGACCAUGUCAGGAGCGUCGCUGGGGAACCGUGGCCUUCCUCUGCCUCUCCGUCCUGACGAUGACCAUUUUACCUCUGCUGUACACGCUGGUCCUCUUUGUUGGCAGUGGCGAGGCCAGUCGGUUCUGCGGUUACUCUGCAAUCCAGCUGACUCUGUUUACAGCGCAGUGUCGACAGGUGACACAGAGGAGGCUGCUGAGGUGUGUGCCCGUCUGGUUUCUUCCCUGGGUGAUUCUGCUCACUGGUCUGCUGCUGCUGCCAGGAACACCUGCCCUGCUUCACUUCUGUGCAAUAUGCAUAGGCCAUAACUAUCGCCAGCCCUUCAUUGUAACGCUACAGGAGAUGGAGGAGGCCAGUGUCUUCAGUUUAAUCCCUGACUGGGCUUAUGUUCCCACUUCAGCACGAUUCAGAUUGCCUACCUUUGCUACCUCACAGAGAUCUCGAGCCCCGUCUCCACUGGUGCCUGUGGAUCAGGCAGCUGCUGCCCCCACGAGGGACUUCUCUGUUACAGAUCACUGCCCCUGGAACGAGCCGUCGCCUGCCUGGAUAUUAGAGGAUUCUGCCGCACUGUCUGAGACGCAGAUGCUGGAGGAGCAGAUGCUCAAGGCAGGGAUACUUGCCUCGUUACAGGACUCUCCGGGUGACCCUGACGCCAAAGUGGCAGUUCCCAAAUCAUCAGUGUCUUCACUGCGACUCCAGCAGCUGGAGAAGAUGGGUUUCCCCACAGAGAAAGCUGUUGUGGCGUUGGCCGCCUCGAAACAGCUAGAUGGCGCCAUCUCUUUGCUUAUUGACGACAGCAUUGGGGAACAGGCUGUGGUGGUUUCAAAGGGAAAGAGUCAUCAGCCACUCAGGAGUACCUGAAGGACGAUAUUCUCUAAAUUGCAAUUGAACAACGCUUGGGUUUUGCUGAGCUUCAUUGUUGUAUAUUUUUUUCCCUGUGGGCUUCUUUGUUAUGUUGAUCAAACAUUCUCAUUGUGAAGUGGAGCAGACAGGACUGAAUUGUUGGGACUGAUCUGCGCAUUGAGAGAAGUGAACGCAGUUUAUUUUUGUGUUGAGUGUUAUAACACAAAUGAAGACGUGACAUGUUUAAAAAAAACAAACAGUGAACAUUAUUUUAUUACACCGAUCAUCUAGGCAGGAUUAUCUUAACACAGUAACACAAACAAAAUAUGAAAUGGUUACACAUCAUACAAAAUAAACUACAAUUGAUUUGAA